CUAUGUGCCCUGCAUUGACAGGCAGAUUCUUAACCACUGCGCCACCAGGGAAGUCCAAAGACGGACAAAUCUUUAGGGUAGAGAUGACCUCGGUGUGUUUGAGGGACAGCAAGAAGGGCAGGAGGGAUGCUAUGGAAUGACCAAGGAGGAGAGUGAUAAUAAAGGAAGUAGGAGAGGUGAUUAGAGGCCUGACUAUACAGAGCCUUAAAGGCUAGGAUAAGAUGCUUAGAUUUUAUUCUAAUAUGAUGGCAAGCCUAUUGGAAGGUUUAACCACGUGAAAGUCACAAUCUGAUGUAACCUCACAGUGUGUAGGGAAUAGAUUUGAGUUCAGGAAGAAUGGAAGCAGGGAGACCAGCUAGGAGGUCAUGGCAGCAGUCCAGGAGAGAGGAGGGUGGGGGCUUGGACCAUGGUGGUAGCUGUAAUAAUAGAGAGAAGGGAACAAAAUUUAGAUUUAUUUUGGAGAUAUAGUCAACAGAACUUGCUAAUGGAUUGAUGUAAGGAGUGAGAGUGGAAUCAAGGAUAAAUCCUAGAUUUUUGGCUUGAGUAACUAGUACUGGUUCCUCUGAUGGGAAGGUAGAGGAGAGCUGAUUUGUGGAAAAAAGUCAAGAGUUCUAUUUUGGACCUGUUAUUUUGGAGAUACUAUAAGACACUUAAGGUGAAACUUGAAAGACGAAUAGAAUUUCAGCAGGAUGGGGAGGAAGAAAGGAUGUUUUGUAAGAAAUAGCAUAAGCUGAGGAAGUGCAGAGCAGACGAGGGAAAGACACAUCAUCAGUCCUUUGUGGCUGGAGCAUGUCUGAGAAGGGAAGAAGAGAAAGAAAUAUGAUGAAAAAUGUAGAACACAUUCUUUUUGCACUUUGAUCCUUGUUAGAAUCCAAACAUUCAUAUUAAAUGGAAUAAGUAGGAAGAAAUUAAUCCAUCAUAUUAUUUGAUGUAAGGUCAGUUAUUUUCUACAGUUGAUGCACCAAAAUAUACCCUCAUCAGAAUUCUUCAGACAAAUAAAAUAGGAGUCACAAAACAGUAAAGUUGAGACAGGCUGGGACCUGGGACCCUUUGCUACAAUGCCUGCACCUGGACACAUCUAUCCUCCAGCAACGAAAUACAAAGAAACUAUAUGGGACUAAAAAUAACUGCGUGCAUGGGUAGUUGGGGCAAAUUCUGGACAAAAGAUACAAAGAGACCAAAAAACCCACCUGCCACUUCUGAAGAGACUGGAGCAAAAACAGGGUGUCGGGGAGCAAAUGCAGGGUCCUGAGCAUGCCGCCUGCACUCAAUACACCCCACUGGAGGGGUGGGCAAAACACCUAAGCCACCCUCUGGCCUGAUCCCUGGACACACCCCUACCCUCACCCCCUUAUAAGGAACCAGCUCGUCCGGCGUCUGGGACCCAGCAAGCAAGGGAAACAUUUGUUUUUGCUCCCACCUGAGGUCGCAGGGGCCCCAAUAAAGCCUUGCCUGAGUUUCUUAUCUGUCCUCUAGUCAAUUGCUAUUGAUUGGGGAAGGCCAGGAACCCUGGUCAGUAUCAAAGCUACCUCACUGACUACAGUUAAUUUUUUGGUGGUGCUCUGUACAGGGGCCACUCUUGGUCCAAACCACUUGUAUAGCACCUGUUUUGUAGAAGGCACCUUCUCCAUCAUUUAGCUCAGUGAUUCUUAAUCAUAUUACACCCAAGAUGAUCUUUUGGUAAUGAGUAUUUCAUACUAUCUCUUUUACCAUACUGAAAUAAUAUUCACAGUUAAUAUAACCAAUUAUAUAGGUCACUGCAAAAAAUAUAUAGUAUUCCAGCCAUAAUAUAAAGGAGAAAUACAAAGGAAAAUGAUUUAAAAUAAAAUGACAUGUAUACUAAUAUGUAGAUGUUGAGCAAAAUGUAAUAUUUGGAUGUGAUACGAUUUUCAAAAUGCCAAAAGGGUCUUGGUAAAUAUCCAAACAAAGCAAAGUACAGUUGUUCCUUAAUUUACCUGGUACCUGUAUUCCUGAAAAUUCAGUGUAUUUUUAAGUCGUACAAAAAAAUGCUUUGUGUUUAUAUGUAACAGUUAGAUUCCAGGCUCAGAUAACUAUAAAAAGUUUUCUUGCCUGAAAGAAUGUCUGGUAGGGUGUUAAAUAGUCGAGCAGGAGUGUCUUGAGCAUUGCAGGAUACCUUGAACUUUGGUUCCUGCCUGUGAAAUUUCUCCACAAAUUUCCAAAAUGUCCCUGGGUUUGUUACCAGUACUGCUGAGAACCACAGCUCUGGCUGUUCUCUGAGCCAUUGGGAUGCUGACAUUCCUACAUCACAGAACACAUGGAACCCUAGUCUACACUGUAACCUUUGAGUGAACAGGGCAUUGUCUGCCUGUUCUAUCCCUAGGACCUGGCCCACGGUAUGUCCUUACAAAACAUUUGUCUCCUUAGAAAACAUUUGUCGAUGUUGGAUGGAAAGAGAUGGAUGGACAGAUUUUCCCUUUUGUUCUAUUUUGUGGAGCAACCCUUUAGGUAGUCUUUUUCUCUGCAGUGACUUGGGAAGGCUUUUAAAAAUUAUGCAUGAGACAAAAAGUAGUAGAAGUCGUUGCCUCUUGAAUAACAGGUGCUGUGAUCAAAAUGUCUAUUUUUAUCUGAGUGCCGUCUCUGCCAUCACUUGUCUAAGCUUUUAUUUUGUUGAACUCAGGGUUGUAGAUACAUCAUUUUCAGAACAUAAAUCUGCUUAUGCCUUUUUUCCUUUGUUUCUAGCGUGGGAAGAGUUGGCCUAUUAUGAAGAAAACACGCGGGACUUUCUCUUCCCUGUACCCAGGCUGACACCUUCGUACCCUGGGCUGUGUAGGGAGGUGCUCAUGAAGACAGUUGAAGGUUUUCCGGGCAUUGCUCCCAAAAUAGAGUUUUCUACGAGGACAGCCAUCAGAGAACCUGUGUUUCUGCAUAGAAACAGAUUUCUUGAAGAAAGAUGUAAGUCACGAAGGCCUUUAUCCACAUCAAAUGGACCAAAAUUCCACUUAAGUAGUAUAAAGAUGAAACCAAGGGAGAGUAAUCUUGACAGACUGCCCCAAGGCAUGCAGUCCCGGCCGCCCUCUCCAUAUUUCACCAGGCGUUUCUUUCAGGACCAGCCAGCUCAACUGAAUCUUGGAGAUAGUUUCAAAAUACCUGGAGAAAGCAAACCUCCAUUUGUAGUAAGACAUGUGGACAGUGCAAAGCCCUUUGGUGAGAACAGUUCAGAGCAUCAUUCCCAGAAGUCUAGAAGAAAAUCUGACUUUUCAAACUUUCCAUUUCCAGUGAGAAGAGCUUCUUCUCUUGACAGCCUUGCAGCUAACAUAAAGGUUAUCAAAGAGCCAGAUGAACGGAUUGUUUUAAGGAAUGAAUCACCAUUAUCGUUAGAUUCAAGUAAGUUUGGAAAGCCCUCAGCCAGUUACAGUCAUCAAGGGGAUGCCGAUUUCCACUGGGGAACUUCAUUUGCCACCUCCCAACACUGCAGAACUCCCAGCCCUCUUCUGGAUCAGCCCCUUCUCCGAGAAAGGUUCCACCCUGGGUCCCAGUACAUGUGGAAGAAGAUCCACGAAAGGGUCUGCAGUCGUCUGACGUCCCACAGAUCUCAGCAACACCUGAACAAGGAAGACUCCAUCUCUGAAGUAAAGAAUAUCCUUGAAAGACCAAACUACCCUCUGAAGAAAUAUCCGGUGCAUAAACAGAGAUAUUUUUAAACUGCUGUCCUGUGGGAGACUGAAUGAAAGCUGGAGGAGCAUCAUGAAGAGCUCACUCAUCAAGCCAACUGAACAACAGUUUUUGUUCUGUGUAUCAAAGCACCAGUGUCUAACCCCCAUUAACUCAAACCUGUACCCACCCAGUCUUUUGUACCCAGGUAAGAGUCAUUGAUUAAAGUGUCUGCUGUUUGGGGCUCAAGUUUUCUUGUCAAGCUGGAAAAUUUGUGUUUUAGUUUGUUUGUAUGCUUGUUUUGAGCUUGAAAACGAAAAUAAUAGUUGGGUGGCCGGUGCUUUUUCAUUUGGAAAGUGCUUCUUAAAAUUCUGAUGAGAAGGUGUCAAGAUGCCUUUUCAGGUGUUCCUCAUUUUUGGCAGUGGAUGUGUUCUUGAAAAGUUCUUUUCUUUCCCUCCUUCCUCAUUUUUUCCUCCUUCCCGCUUGUCCUCACGCCUCCCCCACCUCUACCUAUUUCCCUUCCCUUCCCUUCCUUUUCCUUCCCGUUCCUUCCUGUCCCUUCCUGUUCCUUCCCUUUCCUCUUACAUUUUCCAUGAGCUCGAGGAAGCUGCUAUCUAGAGGAAUAAACUGAUAUAUCCUCUAGAAAAAGACUGUCACCCUGAUUUUCCAUUUUUGGUAAAUCUGUUUUUUUGUGGUUGUUUGUUUGCUUUUUAGUGUUAGGCUUGAUUUACAUGAUAUCAACUGAAAACCUAGGAAGAGGGAGCAUUACUUCUGGAGAAUUCAGGUCUUGCUUUAAAGGUUUAAUUUCUAUGCUACAUUUGUAAGAGGAGGCUAAUUUCUUUUGUUUGUUGUUUAAACCACUCCUUCUGUCACCUACCCCUCCUUUUUUCCAACAAUUCUUAAAUAAAUUUAUAUGAGGAAGAAAACCUUCAAAUAUUUUUCUGAAAUAACUACACUAAGUUUGGCAGAAAUGACUGUCAAAACCAGAUUUAAAAUUAGUAGAAGGGUGCCUUCAUGAAAUGCUUACCCAGUUUGAGGAACAAGAAGAGGAUGGGGGUGGAUUGAAGUGGACAUUUGUCUUCAUGGGUCUACAGACCCAGAGAAGAGAGGGCUUGAAAACGGCAACCUUUGUCUUUCCUUCAUGCUAUAUCCUGAGCAUUUUCCUCUACCAUGCCCUAAAACCCUUUCAGUUUUUACAAGAUUCAGUGAGAGUCAAGUUUCCUUUUCUCAUUAUUACCACAGGAAUUGGUUCAUUAGGUAAAUUAAGAAAACGAAAUUUAAAAUUAAAGGAGAAAAAAAGUCCAAAAGCCAAAAUAAAACAAAAUUCAUUUAUCCCCUUCUCAGAAUUUCAGCCUAAUAAAGGUAUAUAUCACAACAAGCAUUCCACCUUUGAAAGACAGACGAUAUGCUUAAAUUACACCUGCUUGUAUGUUCUCAGUGUGUCUGAAACUAUAGUUGUCAGUUUGUUAUUUUGAGGUCUAAGUAGUCAUCAAUAAUAAAAAAUACUGUAUUACAUUAAGACUAUGGUAGAGUUCUCAGAAAAGGGCCACUUAGGAAGGAUAUAAGCAGCUGAAGGAAAUCAGUUCUAAUGAAUUGGUAUCCGGUGGCAGUUAUUGUUCAGAUACCCACUGUGACACUCAUUGUCCUUUUUUUCUUUUUUUACGGUUUGAGCAUAACUCCUUAAUUCAAUUUAGGGAUAAGAUCUUAAAUGCCCAUUCUUAUUUAAAGUCUUUUUUUUUUCUUUCACCAAUCAAUCUGCCUUUUGCUCACUUUCUGAUCUGCUAACUCUAUUGUUUAAGUUAUUCCUAUUUUAUCUUUAUAUUUCUCAAGGAGUUAUUUCAGUUUUGAGGACUUACAUUGGGGCCAGGAUUGCAGCAGGAUUUUGCUUUUGGAAUAUAUAAAAAUGUGAAUAAUUUUGUGACUUAUUGGGGAUUACUUUGGGAAGAUCUGUGUCAUUAAAUGUAAUAAAUAUCCCCACCUGUCUUGCUUCAGUUUAUUACUGUUUUCUUGACUUUCACAGCAGCAGAUCUAUCAAAGCCUGGACCGUAUUUUACAAAUGUAUUUUACAGGGUCUGGGUUUACAGAGGCUCCUGGGAAAAUCUCCUUGGUGGAGCCUGGGCCCUCCAAGCAAAAGCCACCAUACAGUAAGACCAUUACCCUAUUGUCACCUGACUGACGCAAAGUUAGCUGAAGCCUAUAGACCCUGAAUUAUAAAUAAGAUUUUAAAAAUGAGAGUGUACAUAAUAUGUUUAACAUAAGAGAAGUUGG